AUGGCCGCCCGUCGUCGGUCCAGUGCGGCCACAAGGCCAGCGCUACCACCGCCUCACGUGCCCGCUCCCAACAUUCCCAUCCCACCACUUCCCGAUUCGCCAGAAAUGUUGCGACGGGUUGCAACUAGUCAUAGCCAGGAUGAACUUGAGGACCCUCCCCCGCCCUCUAUAUUCAACACUUCUCUCUUAACUGCACCUGAGCAACGGUCAGAACCGCGAAUACCGUCAUCAAGACGGGCUCUCACACGCGCACUUGAAUUGGCUCGAGAGGCAGUCCAACUGGAUUCAACAAACGAGGAACCAGAGGCAGCAGUCAUCGCUUAUGCUCGUAGUGUUGCCCUUUUAAGCGAGGUUAUGGAAAGGGUGCGACGGGGGGAAGACAGCACUGAAAAACGCCGGAAUGGUCGUCCAAGGAGCGCAGUGGCCCAGGAGGAAGAAGUCAGGCGACUGCAGAACAUACAUGACACUUAUGCCGACAGAAUGAACAUCCUCAGUAUUAUCUACAACAUUCCCCCCAUACCCUACUCUGUCACCCAUGAGUACUCUGUCAUGGCGGCAGAGGCUGCCCAGCCAACACCUACAAUGGCGAUAACCUCGCCUAUUUCUCCGACAGAACCUCCAGCAGACUUAUUUGUCUUGGGUAACAAUGACCGGUCAAUUGCCCAUCCAUAUGCGGCUGCUGUUUCGUAUGAAGAAGAACCCCCUCGCAUAAGACGCCCAAGAAAACCCUCGGCAGCAGCCUUGGGUGCCCCACUGCCCCCUCCUCCAACUCAUUUGCCACCAGCCCCAGUUCCACCACCAUUAUCUAAUGACCCCAAUCUCCUCGAUGUCGGUCGAUCUACAACCCAUCGAAGAUCAAAUUCUGGCAGCAAACUAGCCGCCUUGGAAGAGGAGAAUAGAGAUGAACCGCGUUUGGGCGAUUCUCCUCCACUCCCCCCAGUCCCAUCACAACAACAACAACCAGUCGCUGCAUUGUCUAGACCCCCUCCUUCCCCCCGUUUACCGAAUAUUAUAACACCACGACCCCGUGGUUCAUCUCAAAUAGCGCCCCGUUCUGAGCCCCCCGCAGGCAUAAUCAAUGGCUCAACAACUUCUGGUACCAUCUACCAACGGCGGUCUACAAAAUCGUCCACUCCUGCUAGUGAACGGUCUUCCUCGCCAGCAGAGUCUACUUCAUCUCUAAACUCAAACCCUGUACCCAAGACUGCUGUUCCAUCAUUACCCACCGCUCCAAUAGGUCGACCACGUUCGGCAUCACAACCUGGCCGCCGACCUUCAAUAGUCAACGGCAGGAUAUCACCUACCAUCGAUCCUCUUCCGCCUCUACCCCCAAGUAAUGGCGUAGCCCCGCGCAAAUCGUCAUUUCCGUCCAAACUUAACCCCAACAAUUCACUGGUUGUCCAAACCGACCUUGUACCAAGUUCUCUCGGGCCUCCCCAUCUCGGUCAAAACCCAUCAACGCCAACUUCCCCCCUGCCACCUGCACCUCCAAACGAUCCCCUUCGCAAGCCGUACCAUUUGAUGAACCAACUUCGGGGAACAAUCACAUCGCCCACCGGUGGUUACCUGACCCGGCGAUUACAUGUACCACGCCAAGUCUGGUCUCAGGGCGGGGCAAAGCUGGCCAAUGUCGCUGAGAAAGUCAGGGUGGUCGACAUUCUAUGCUCUGCUUUGGAGGAGAUGCAGACAAGCAGUUCCGAAUACUUUGGCGCAGGUAAUGUCAGCAGCGGACUUGCGCUUGGAAUCGGCAGCAUUGGUCGCAAAGAGGGUGAUGCAUGGAUCGCCCGUCUGGAAGAGUUCUUGAAUGUCUGUGACGGCAUCGUUGCUAGUUUUGGAAAGAAGCUGGGAGUCGGGGAGGGCUUCGUUGUCAAGAAGACCACCUGGAGUGAUAAACUCUCGCGUCGGUUCGACAAACUAACCAACGGAAAGAACCUCGAUUCUCCGCAAACCUACGUGUCUGGGCUGGAAAAGCUGUUUUCUCGAGCCCAAUUACUCGAUGAGCAUUCCAAAGCCAUCACCGCCCAACCUGUGGCACCAGCAUACGCUGCUUUGCCUCCAGACAUCCGUGCCGCCGCAGACAACAAGCUCAAGCGGGCCUCGCAAUUCUUCGCGACUGUUGUGCUGACCUUCGUUAUCCGUGAUCUUUCCCUGCUUCUCGACAAGUACGCCAAGAACUAUGAAAAGUGGUUGGCUGAAUAA